GAUGGGCGAAAGGAAUGAGGGGUAGCUUGGGGUGGGGGCUCCCUGAGCUGGGGCGACGGGAUAUCUGAUGUCACAAAAGCCGGGCCUGGAGGCAGGUAGGCUGGCGUGGGUGGCAGGGAGUCCGGGGCCCCGCGGGGCCAUGGGCUGCUGCCAAGACAAGGACUUUGAGAUGUCGGAUGAGCAGUCCAAGGAGGCAGAGUCUGAGGACGUCAGGGAAGAUGGGACCAGAGGCACACACAGAGGGCCCAGGGAGUGUGAGAAGGGGCUUCCCGAGGGUAGGGGUGAGCUCAGAGGCCUCGUCGCCUCAGGCGCCGAAGGUAUCGACUUGAACUCCCCGGACCAUCGGAAUCAUAAGUCGAACGAAAGCCUUCUGAUCACCGUGCUGUGGCGGCGACUAUCCAUGUUCAGUCGUCGGGGCUCCUCGCGGUCAAGCAAGAGACAAUCAGACCAGAUUCGGUCAUCAAUGUUCAGUGGUCGGGGCUCCUUGCCGUCAAGCAAGAGACAAUCAGACCAGAUUAGGUCAUCAAUGUUCAGCGGUCGGGACUCCUUGCCGUCAAGCAAGAGGCAAUCAGAUCAGACUCGGAAACAGGAGCGUCCGAUCCGAGAAGUGCCCAGGGAGGAGGCAGUGACGGCCGGGGAGAUUGGUAGUGGCGGCGGCGGCAGGCAGCGGAGGGGAGGGCCCCCGGCCCGCGCUCUGGCCGCCGGAGCCAAGUUGGAAGAAGAGUCUGAAGCGGGUUCGACUUGGGACAGGGGAAAAGCAGAGCCCUUUCCGCUGCUGGCCCGCCCCAGGAUCUGCGAGCGUCUUGGGCGCGAAAGUCCAUGA